AGAUAGCACAUGACCACAGCCCAUCUGUAUCUACUGUCAUCCACCGAUCUUGAGGUCAACUUUCACUCGCUGUUCCUCCUUUUUGAGAUUAAACUUCCAGCGUCUAACCCACAUCCUCCCUGACUGUCACUGCAGAAUAACUGCACUGUCUGGAUAGACAUCUCGGAAGUCUCUAGACUCAACAGGGCAAAAUUCGAGCCACAGGUUAGUGGGAGAGGGAUGGAACACUGUAUACCUGCAGCACUUGUCUGCUGAACAACAGGACUCACUGUCAGAAGAAGGCAGCCAAGAUGGCACGAUUGAGUGUGGACUGGCCACAGCUGUUCUGUGCCCUGUCCUGCAUUGCACUGGCACCCCUGGUGCCUGGCUACAGUUUCAGGAACUGCAUCCAGAAUGCCAACCACAACGGCUCCUUCCAGUGCGUCCAUCGGUUCUUGACGCAAGUCUCCAGCGCUGUGUUUGACCUGCCGCCUCACACCAUUCACGUCAACAUCUCCCACAACCUGCUGACCCAGCUGCCAGUGGGUAGCUUCAGCGGCAUACCCAGCUUGCUUAGCCUGCGGCUAGACUACAAUCAGAUCAAGCAUGUUGAAGGCAGCGCCUUCAAUAACCUCAGCGAACUGCUGGUCCUCAACCUCUCCUACAACAAGAUCUCCCAGCUGACACCGUCGGACUUCCUAGGAUUGGAGAACCUGUGUCAACUGCUGGUUGACCACAACUGCCUAGCCACAAUCCAGCCUGAUGCCUUCACGACACCAAGGAGCCUGCAAACACUUGAUAUGAGCUUCAACCAGCUCAGGAACUUUUCUGAAGUGGUCAGCUCAAUCACUGCCCUCCGCAAGUUGACCUUCCUGGAUCUAAGCACCAACCAUUUGGAGUCCCUCCAACAUUCUGCUCCUCUGCCACCUUCCCUGAAGUUCUUCUACCUCUGCAACAACUUGCUCAAAGCCUUAGACUGCCAACGAGAUUUCCUUAACCGCAAUUUCACCCUGGACCUGUCUGAUAACAAAAUCUCUCAGUUUUCCAAAGUUGACCUGAGGAAGGUUGCCUGGUUGAUCCUCAAGAACAACCCCUUGGACAUCUCAGAGUUUCUCAGAUUCAGGGAUGUGGACCCUCAGAGGGUUGAAUACUCUGGAUUACGCCUGCACAGCCAAUUUGCCAACCUGUGCCAACACCUGGGUAAUGGGACGAUGGAGCAUCUGUUCUUACAGCACAAUCAGAUCUCACUCCGUAAUCUAAAGUCCAUGAGUAAAUGCCCAGCCAUCAAGGCCUGGGAUCUAUCGCACAAUUAUCUAAUACGUGAUGACUGCCUGGAUUUUGUACCUCAGAAGGAGCAAGUUAGAUCUUUUAUCUUAGAGCACAACAGGAUCCAAAUGCUACCUUCCUGCUCCACGGGUGGGAACGGAGUCAUCAAGUUCCCCAAACUGACCUACUUGUCCUAUCGCUACAACCGGAUUUUGGCCAUUGCCAGUCACGCCUUCUCUCACACAGCCCACGUUCAGACCCUUCUGUUGAACAUCAACAACAUCGCUGUCAUCAACAAGACUGCUUUUGCCAAUCUCAGUGACUUGCUGACACUCCGACUUGACAACAACCUUAUCACAGACAUAUACCAGGAGACCUUCCAUGAGCUCACAAGCCUCCGGAUUCUCAAUCUGAGGAACAACAGGAUCUCCAUCAUCUUCAGAAAUGUCUUUGUAAACCUCAGCAGCUUGAAUAUCUUGGACUUGGGGGGCAACAAGAUUCGGAGCCUCACCAACCUCUCAUUCAGUGGACUGCACAACCUGACAAAGCUCUACCUGGACAGAAACUACAUAACUCACAUCAGCAGAGAGAUCUUUGGUGACCUUGUAUCUUUGAAGGUGUUGGACCUGGACAAAAACCGAAUCAGAUACAACAGCGGCCUGACUGAAAAAUCUCCUUUCAUCAACCUGACCAAACUCAACAUCCUCAAGCUACAGGCCCAACAACCCUACGGCAUUAACAUUAUCCCUCCCAAGUUUUUCAAAGGCCUCUUUUCUCUACAGGCCCUGUACCUGGGAGAGAACAAGAUGUCACUGUCCAGGUAUGAGUUUGAGGAUUUGAUCAACCUGAAGACCCUGUCCAUGCCUGAUACAUGCAAUGGUAUCCACAGUCUAAACCCGGGAGUCUUCCAGAACCUCCAGCAUCUGGAGAGGCUCGACCUUGAAAAUGUCGGCCUCCAGUUCAUGUCUGUUGAUAUCGUCGGGAGCCUUUGCAACCUCAGGACAUUGGUCCUGGGCAAAAACGCCAUUCAGACAGUAAACAGCACUGUCCUGGAGCACCUGCCUUCCCUCAGCUAUCUGGAUUUGAGGAAGAACCCAUUCCCUUGCAUCUGCAGCAACAGUUGGUUUCAAAACUGGUCCCUUUACAACCCCAGGGUCCAAGUUGUCUAUUUUUACAACCAGACCUGUGCAAACCAGCAGACUGAAUACCUGUACAGUUUCGACGCGCGGGUCUGUUACUUGGACAUUGGGCAUCUUAUGUUUGAAAUAAUCUUACCAUUCUUGUUCUUGUUCACCUUUGCCCCUAUCAUCUAUGGCAAAGGAUACUGGCACCUUAAGUAUGGGCUGUACAUUUUCCGCUCCUGGCUGAAUGACUACAGGGGAAGAGAAGAGAGCCAGCAGUGCUACAGAUACGAUGCUUUCAUCUCCUAUAAUUCCAAGGAUGAAGGGUGGGUCUUACAAGAGCUGGUACCCAACCUGGAAACCGAAGGUUCUCAAUGUUUCAAACUCUGCCUCCACCACAGAGACUUCGAACUGGGCAAGUACAUCAUCGACAACAUUGUGGACAGCAUCUACCAGAGCAGGAAGACCGUCUGUGUUAUGAGCCGCAGCUACCUGGAAAGCGAGUGGUGCUCCAUGGAGCUUGAGUUGGCCAGCUACAGGCUCUUUCAUGAACUCAAAGACGUUGUCAUCCUUAUCUUCCUGGAGAAGAUUCCGGAAGCCGAACUCUCCACCUAUCACAAGAUGAGGAAAGUGAUGAAGAAGAAGACCUACAUCCAGUGGCCGACAGAUGUGGAAGCUCAAAAGCUCUUCUGGAUCAAAGUGAGGGAAGCGAUCAAAGGCUCCAGUCGAGCCAAAGACAGCGGCCCUGAGGUUGACAGCUAAACCUCAAAGUUUCCAAACCUCCUGCUGUUCUCUACCCAAUACAUCAUCCUCACCCAGCAACCUUCACUAACUGUCUCUCCUUGCCAUUACUGUGGUUCGGACCAAGAUAAGCUGAAGCUGUGUUCAAAAAACAGAAUAAACUCCGUGCAUUAAACAUCCAA